AUGGCUUUUUUAAAAGAAUUGUGGGUCAUUAUUUUGAGUAUUUCUAAUCAAUUUGAGAUUUUAUUGUAUUAUGAGAAACUCAAGUUCAAUGUGAUUCAACAUGACCUUCUAGUGGAUAGCAUCAUUUAUGAGGAUGUGAAGUCGACAGCCAAUAGUAAUGAUUGCCAUUUUGUGUUUGAACAUUAUUUGUCACAGAUAUUAUUUUGUUCCCCUCAGGAAGUAUGUGUAUUAGGACACUUUGUUUAAAAUUGUACUUUUUCUCCACUGAAGUCAUAUAUAAAAGGAAAAUUGGGAAUGGAAGAUUAUGCAUCUUAUCUACCAAAGGGUAUAAUCUCUUUAAAUGGAUUUAAUGUAUGUUGUUCCCCUUUAUGUUCAUACCACAAGCAUUCCAAAUUGUAUUAUAUAGUCCCUAAGAGCAAUACACAUUUUUUCUUCAGAUUGCAUUCCCUCUCUUCUCAUCCCUCUAUAUUGUUUUGCUCUUUGCUGUUUGAGAUAUCUCUUCAAACUCAUCUUCCACAACUGUUUUAUUAUCUAGAAGAAAUUGGAGCUCAGCCAAUUUAUAUAUCACUUAAGUGGGUUGUACACACAUUCUCCAGUUACCUAGCUACAGAUCAGCUUUUGCUUUUAUGGAAUAGAAACCGAGAAUACAACUCUCUGGAAAUUCUUGCUGUUCUGGCAGCUGCCUUGUUUACUUUCAGAACAGUAAACCCACCAGAAGUGACAUCACUGGCUGUGGCUGAAGCUGUGCUUGCUGAUCUUUCCACUUUAAAAGUUAUGCUUAAUUUUUUUCUGCUGACCCUUGAUUUUCUUAGAGGUCACUGA